GUGAAUUGAGUUCCUGCUAGAAAGGCACAUGAUGGGAAACUAAAAGCCGUUUGUGCGCUCCUGUCGGAGUUUGACUGCGAAAAGUACAACAAUCCUACAUGUGGUCGAGACGAUGGAGUCCAAAAUAAAAUAACAGAGUCGACCGAAGCACCGGGUCUCAGUGGGACUCCAUCAAGCCGAAGGGGCCGCGACAGAAAUGGCAAACCUGAACUGGAAGCCGUUUGUCUAUGGGGGAAUGGCCUCAAUUGUCGCAGAAUUCGGUACGUUCCCCAUUGAUCUCACAAAAACACGGCUUCAGGUUCAAGGGCAGACUCACUGUAUGGAGGUCCGAUACCGCGGGAUGUUCCAUGCUUUGUUAAGGAUUGGACGAGAGGAAGGCGUCCGGGCAUUGUACUCCGGAAUUUCACCUGCCCUUCUCCGACAAGCUUCUUACGGCACGAUUAAGAUCGGUACAUACAACACACUAAAGAAACUGUUUGUCAGCCAUCCAGAAGAAGAGACGAUGGUGAUUAAUGUGUUUUGUGGUGUGGUGUCAGGAGUUUUGUCUUCCUCUUUGGCAAAUCCAACUGAUGUGCUGAAGAUUCGCAUGCAGGCUCAGGGCAGUCUGCUACAAGGCAGUAUGAUGUCCAACUUCAUGAACAUCUACCAGACUGAGGGCACACGAGGCCUGUGGAGGGGUGUCAUUCCUACUGCACAGAGGGCAGCCAUUGUGGUCGGUGUGGAACUGCCAGUCUAUGACAUCACCAAGAAACAUCUGAUCCGUUCGGGCCUCAUGGGAGACACUGUGUUAACUCAUUUCAUUUCCAGUUUCACAUGUGGCCUGGCAGGCGCUCUGGCCUCUAAUCCGGUGGAUGUGGUGAGGACGCGGAUGAUGAAUCAGCGUGUGCUUGCCGGUAACCCUCUGUACAAGGGCACGCUGGACGGACUCAUGCAGACCUGGAGAAACGAAGGCUUUUUUGCUCUCUAUAAAGGCUUCUGGCCUAACUGGCUGCGUCUGGGGCCGUGGAACAUCAUCUUCUUCAUGACCUUCGAGCAGCUGAAGAAACUUCCAUUGUAGCCGAAUCUACAACAUCACUGAAAUGUGUGUGUGUGUGUGUGUGUGUGUGUGUGUGUGUGUGUGUGCUUGUUUGUGUGUGUAUCGGGCUUCUGUCUCUCAGCAUUCACCAUCCCUUCUCCAUCUACGAGUAUGUUUAUUUAAGAACUUGUUUUAUUCUGUUCUCAUUUGUGUUGUACAUACUAGACGUAUUUAAACGCUCUCUUUUUUGCACCUAAAUGCUUUAUUUUUUGACUCCUGGCAGCUACCGUAUUUCUUCCGUCAGCGCCGUUUCACAGGCCUGGUGGUGUUUUAAUAUAUGCUUGGUCAGCUAGGAGCCGCACUGGUGAAUAUUUGAGGUAAAGGGCUUUAGCUUAAACUGGAAAACCACCAGGCAUAGUUUUCUCCACACUGGCUUGAGAGUCUGGCUUAAUAGCAUAGUUGUCAAAGUUACUGAAGACACGUCCAUUAGGUAGGGAUAUAAAGCAAUACUUUGGGGUUUACCUCCAUGCAAGCAGAUGUUUUACAUCAGAUCCCUGAGGAAUAUUUGAGGUCGGCAGACUCCAAAUUAGACUUCUUGCAUAUAGACAAGACUUAAUUAGAGAAUGUUGUUUUAGUGUAUACGUAAACUGUUGAUAUGAUGGGAAUUGUCAAUGUUACAAAGUUGUAUACAGCCAAAAUUAUUACCAAAGGUAAUAGUAAUGUGACCUCUAUAUCCUGAAACUUUGAGUUCAGUGGACCUUAUUCAUAAAACAAAAGCAAAUGUCUUUGUCAUUGCAAUGAAUAGUUCAACCAAAAAUUAAUGAAAGGUUUGUUGCCCUUCAGCAUAUCCAAGAUGUAGGUGACUUUUUUUUCUUUAGUAGAUUUGAUGGUAAUGGUGAUUCAUAAAUUGAUGAAUCUACAGCAGCACUUCUUAUCACUUAGCACUUCAAACAAACAAGCAUAUACAGGCCUUAUGAAAGCAAGAAACUGAACACUGUUUACAACAAUUUAACCUUUUUAUCUACAGUCUCAGCAAAAAGAGCUGAGCUCAUUCAUAACUCUCUAUAAACUCAUACGGUAUGUGAACUCUGUAUGUUUACUACAGAGCGGGAGGAUAUGUGCAUAGUAUUGAGCACCAAAAUGGCAUUUAUUUGUAGAAUCCCAACAUUUAAUAAAUGUCAUUGCACUAGUAUGUUCAUGCACCACACUCGAGCACAAAAUAAUUGUUUUUUCUGCUGUGUAAGUCAAUGGUUAGAGGUUUCCAACAUUCUUUGUUCAAUAGAACAAAGAAACUCAAACUAGUUUGGAACGAGUGAUGAGUGAGAUGUUACAGAUGACAGAAUAUCUAUUUGCGCAUGAAUAUUUCCCCCAGUGGUUCUAAUCUUUUAUGAAUUUGUCUUCUGUUGAACACAAAAAAUUAUAUUUUAAAUUGUCAUCUAUAGUGGGAAGAACAAAUAAUAUAGAAGACAAUGGCUUCAACAGAAGAUAGAAAGUCAACCAGAUCUUGGAUCCAGUGAUUUAUUGGAUUUUAUUUGACAAUUUUGGGUAAACUAUCCGUUUAAGACUUUGCCAAGACUGAAUAUUGUAAAUAAUAUUCACUUCAAUUAGAUCAAUCAAUUAGUUUUUGUAAGUCCUCAAUAAUAUUGUCAGGAGACAUGGUUAUUAAUGUUGAUUUACCUGUAUAUGUUUUUUUUUUAUUCUCAAAGUGCUGUAUGUAUUGACUUGCGUUACAUGUUUCACCAAGGAUCACAGUUUCAGCUAAGAAUCUUAAAUAAUGUUCCACUGAAGAAAAAGUGUCACCUACACACCUUUAGUGAUCUGAGUAAAUGAAAUUAAGAAUGAACUUAAUCCCUUUAAAUUGGCUGCAUAUGUUUCAGUGUAUGAUACGGCCUGUAAUAUGUUUAAAGAUUUAUUUCACCUAAAAUUUUUUAAUUAAGUUAAUAAUUAUUCAUUCUAAUGUCUUUCUAAACCCCCAAAACUGUCUUCGGGAAACACAUUUAAGUAUUUUUGAUGAAAUUUGAGAGCUCCCUCAUCCUCCAUAGACAGCAACAGUCCUAAGUUGUUCAAAGUCCAGAAAAACACCAAAAAACCAUCCUCAAAACAGUCCAUAUGCCUUCAGUGGUUCAAUUGUAAUAUUAUUAAGCUAUGGGAAUACAUUCAUGUGCACGUGAAACAAAAAUAAUAUCUUUAUUUAACUUUUUUUUCCUUCUCAGUUUUAGUAUAGGGCAUGCAACGUUAUCGUGCACACUAUACUGACCCUAGGAUGAAGAAACUGUUGUAUAUAGACUUCAUCAUUUUUGGUAUGUGCACAAGUAUUUUCAUAUAGCUUGAGAAUAUUUUAACUAAAGGCAUAUCAUCUGUUUUGAGGAUGUGUUUUUUUUUUCUGGACUCUGAACGAGUCUGUAAUGUUGCUGUUAAUACAAGCUCUUCAAUGGAGCUCUAAGAUUUAAUCUGGAAUAUCUUAGUGUUUUGAAGAUGAAUGUGAAUGUUUCACGGGACUGGAGCGUAAUCAAUAAUGUAAAUUUCAUUUUUGGGUGAACUUACCCUUUAAGAUCUUGGUCAGUUUUUUUUUUUUUUUUUUUUUAAUCUUUAUUUGCUUGAACAUGCACUGAAUUGAAAGCAUUUGUGAUUAUUGCACAAGAUCUGUACUGUUUUAUUUCAUUUUAUUUUUCUCUUUGUUGCAGCGAGGUUUUUAAUGCCAUUUACAUUUAUUGUGUGUGUGCGUGCUUGUGUGUUCUGAGAAGCACAUGUAAAAUGUCAAAUAUUUUGGCAGCCGUGUGUAAAUACUGCUUCUGUACAAUAGAAUAAAAUAUUAGUAUAUAGUUUUUUUUUUGUUUAUUUGUCUGUUUUAAAUCAGAUUUUGUGGAAAAAGGGGUUCGGUAAAGUAUUGUGGGUGCUUGCCGCUUUGCCAAAAAGUGUACAUGUAUUGAACCAGAGCUGCACUGUUGAUGCUAAGUUUUUAAAAGUGACACAUUAUUAUUAAUGUUAUCAUUGGGGAAGAUGCUGUUACAUAUUUAUCACUGUAUGUCGUCAACAUAUUUCAAGCCUUACCACUUCCUGCUUUUAUAUGUAUGCUUUUGCCUGAUUGUUUCAUGCCUCUUGAUGUGCAAGCCAAACAUUCUGCUAUGAUUUUACUGUGCUCUGUUGUUCUUUAACAUGCUCCUAAGCAAAUUCAAUUGUACUGUAAAUCUUUAAGCAAACAUUCUUGCUUAAGUUAUAUUAUGACUGAAAGGGGACACGUUUAAAAGGUUUAAUGUACUGUAUGUAACGCGUGGGUUAUUCAGAGGGGUUUUCCUAUUUGAUGCACCUCCAGGUUUUUCUCAGACUUUGGCUUUUGCUAGAUUGGUGAAUUCAGCAUGGUGCAUGGUAUAUUCUUCUGAAAAUGCUUAUUUCAUUAUGUGCAGCAAAGACCAAGAACCACAUUAACUCCCAUAUGCCAGUGUUUUUACUUUGGUUUAGCCCACAAAUAAUUUAACAUUUAUUUAGGGAAUAUUUUAUUUAUGCUGUUAUUAUUUGAUUAAUUUUUUUAUAGAGGUACUUUGGAUUUGUUUUUCAUUGAGAUGGAAAAUUUUAUGAUGAAUGUUUCAUACAUUGAGGAAGACCGUUUAUUGUCCCUUCUCUGCUAUUUAUUUGAUAAAUGAGAUGAUGGAAAUAAGCGGAAUGAAAUUUAAGAUAUAUAAUAAUGCGCACAAACACAGUUUGGAAAUGCCUAAAUCAAAUACUACAAUAUAUAAUAUAGUAACGUUCAUCCCCUAACACUAUUUUGACUUUCUGUUUUAUUAUUAUUUUCCAUUUCAAAAUGCAGCAAUAGCCACAUUUGCUUGCCAUUGCCAAACUUAAUUGUGAUCCACACUUUGGAUAAGUGUCUCUGGUAAACACGGACAUUAUUUAUAAUCUGUUGCUUGAAUAGACAAUAAAUUGUAUUAAGAAUGCC